AUUCCGAUUCCUGAAAAUUACUCUAUCAUGUUCUCCGGCGACCUCUUCCGGCGGCUUCAUCGGAUCUUUCCGAUCGGAGGACUUUCCGCCGCCGUUCAUUUCUCUCAAUGAACUCGUUUUGCUGAGGAUUGCGAAUAAGGAAAAAUUUACACUAGUUUAUUCAGAUUCAGUUAAGCUCUCUCAUCUUUUUCUCGAUUCUGAUUGAAAUUUCAUGAAGAAUAGCUAGGGAAAACAACAACUUGUAAAUUAGAUUUUUCAAUUUAGAUAGAUAUAGACUACCUGUUACUUCAUCUGCUUCUCUGCAGUAGUAUUAGUUGGCCAUAUUUUACUAUUGCCCACCACGGCUAAGCUAUUCCUAGUACUGUCUUGUUCCGCGAGAGAUGACCAUAGGCAGCAGCUUUACUCGUUGUUCGUUAGAGAGGAUUUGAAGCAGCGGUAUCUUCUCUGGUCAAUUCAUGGAUACCUACUCUUCUGGAGAAGAAUUGGUCACUAAGACUAGGAAACCGUAUACAAUUACUAAGCAACGUGAACGAUGGACUGAGGAUGAACACAAUAGGUUUGUGGAGGCUUUAAAACUCUAUGGACGAGCUUGGCAGCGUAUUGAAGAACAUAUAGGAACCAAAACUGCUGUACAGAUCCGGAGCCAUGCACAAAAGUUUUUCACAAAGCUGGAGAAGGAGGCUCUUGCUAAAGGGGCUCCAGUUGGAGGAACACUUGAAUUGGAGAUUCCUCCUCCUCGGCCCAAAAGGAAACCGAGUAAUCCUUAUCCUCGAAAGACUGCUACUGGAGCUCAUCCUUCACUAUUGGCAGAUAAAGACAAAAUGCUAUCAACUCCCAUUUCUUCAGACUGUCCUGGUACACAAACAAUCGUCUUGGAGAAAGAGCUCCUUCCUGAGAAACUAUGCUCAAACGAAAACCUAGGCAUUAACAAAGAAAACCAGGACCAUGAUAAUUGCUCCGAGACUUUUACCUUAGAUAAAGAAGCUCAAAGUUCUUGCUUAUCCUCAAAAGAAAAUACAAAAGCAGCAGCAGCAAUGGUUACACCGAGAAGUUCAUCAACUCACAGAGAGAUUGUGCCUGGGAUUAAUGAGCAAAGUAAAGCAUGCUACACAACUGAAUCUGUUGUCAUUGACACGAUAGGAAAAGAAAAGCUGGUUAAUGUUGUUGAUUCCAAUGAAAAUGGAAUGAAUAAUAUCUCAGAACCCGAAAAACAUGCCCAACAACAAGGCUAUCCGAGACACAUACCAGUUCAUGUUGUUGAUAGGACUGUAGGAAUAGGCAGUGACAGUCUUUCUGAAGGUAUUUAUUCCCAUCCGGAAUCUCUACUUCAUCAAAUGAGAAUGAUGCCAGGACACCUUAACCCACUUUUUACUAAUCCAUUAGCUGCAUGUAAAACUACUACUGAUCAUCAGUACCACCCCAUGAACGCAUAUCCAACUUUUCAUUGCCCCAUUACUCCAAUUUGCUACAAUCAAGAUGCCUACAGAUCAAUCUUUCCAAUGCCCACCUUUUCGGGACUAGUUGUAUCUACUCCGCUUCAUCAAAAUCCUGCUGCGGCCACCUUUUGGCCGCCUUGCCUGAAUCCAACUGAUCCUCCUCCAGAUUGCAACAACAACUCAUCAUCAAGGCAUAUGACUCCAACAACUCUUAGUAUGGAAGCAAUUGUUGCUUCUACAGUUGCUGCUGCAACAGCAUGGUGGACUGCUCAAGGUCUUCUUCCUUCGUGCAAUCCUCACCACCCAAGCAGCUUAAUCAGCUGCCCUCCCGUAUCGACAACAACUGUAGCUGAUAAUGACAACAACAAUGGUAGGAAGGAAAGUCCCGGUCAUGGCAUUUUGGAAACCGAACUACAAGAACAGCAACAUCAGCAUCAACAGUCUGGUUCUAAAUCGCCAACCUUGUCACCAUUGGAUGAUGCGAGAGGAGCAGUUGAAGACGUGCAUGAGCAUGAUAAACCUGCAUCAAUGACGACAGACCAUGUUUCUAUUGAGAUGAAAAACAUAAAUCUGGUGGAUCGUUCUUCAUGUGGCUCAAACACACCCUCCUCAGGUAACGAAGCAGAGAAAGAUUCCCCUAAUGAUAAGAUUGAGGAGGAGGCCAAGGAGGAACUAAAUGCAAGUCUAUGUGGAGAUACCAGUAGCCGUCCAUUUAGAAUCUCUGGAAACACCAUUGAUUCUUGGAAAGAAGUCUCUCAAGAGGGACGGAUGGCCUUUAGGGCGCUGUUCUCUAGAGAAGUAUUGCCACAGAGCUUUUCACCAACGUCGGGUCUAAGGAAAACACCUGAGAAUGAUGAGCGGACUAAUAGUAGAGAUGAAGAAAAAGUGGUUGAGUUAGAAUUAGUAAGUGGUGGUGGUAGUAGAAUGAUGACGACGACAAGAAGCAGCCAUGAACAUGAACACGAACACGAACAUGUACACGAACAAGAAGAAGAAGAGCUAAGGGAGUGGCUACCUAACCUGAACCUGGGGCUGGUAAAUAAUAAUAAGAAUAAUAGUAAUGUAAAUGCUAGGCGAACAGGAUUCAAGCCUUACAAGAGGUGCUCGGCAGAGGCUAAUGUGGUCAUGAACAGCAGCAAUAGGGUGCUGAUGAACUCUUCAAACGUCCAAUGUGAAGACAAAGGUCCUAAGAGGAUACGUUUGGAAGAGAAACCGGCUUCGAUUUAAAGGGACGAAAAUCCUGUUGGAGGUCAGUCAGUCAGUCAUUCAGCCCUGUGUAUUUUCUUGCUUACUUUAAUCAAUCUGUCUUUUGUAUCAUCAUCAUGUUUAAUCUUCUUUCUUCCUUCCUUCUUCUUGUUAUUUAAAAUAACUCAAUUCUAUGUAGAACUGAAAUGCACGAAAUUCGUGUAUCUAUGUGUGUUUUUACAACUAAACAUUAUUAAUAUAGAACAGGUGCAAUAAAUUAACAAUUACUGUGCCUAAUGUUUUCUUC